GUUUUUAACUUUUUUGUAGGAGUUACGCUAACCCCAAAAUUUCGUUGACUUAUAUUUUUAAAUGUAUUUAAUCAAUUUUAACUUCUUUUUUUUAAUUGAAAGGAAAAAUCUCAGAAUAAUGUGGUCUUCGCUAAAAUGUUGAAGAUAUUAAAAGAAAAAAGAUUUUUUGAAAAAAAUGAGAAAGGAACAAAAAAUUUUUGUAAAAAUUUGCUUUCUUUUCAACGUAUUUAUUAGAAAAAAAAGAUAAAGUAAUUAAAAUAGUGAUCAAUGGAAAAGGGAAGAAUUGUACUUUAAGAAUUUACGAUAAGUUUUUUUAUUCUGUUCAAAAAAUUUCGUAAUGUGAAUUUAGUAGAAAAUGUAUGUAGUCCAAACACAAUAGUAAAAGAACAUAGUAAUAUUUAUUUAAAAAACAUAAUUAUUAAUACACAAAAUCAUAAUUCUUAAUACAAAAAAUAUUUAUUAGAAAAAAUUAUAUUUGUUAUAGAAAAAAUUUUUAAUUUGUAAUGCUGCAAUUGCAACAUAUUUUCGCAAAGUAAUCACGACACAUUGGUAUAUAGAUUUAGAAAUCCUUCUCCAGAAUAAAAGAAUACGCAUUACUACCAGUCUGUGGAGUAGAGUUUCUACUAAAAACGGGAAAAAUUGUUAAUUUGCUGUUACAUCUUUCCUAUUGGAUAUAAAGUCAAGAUAUUCGAGUGUUCUUUCUUUUAACUUCUUAUUUUUCCACUUCCACUUUUUUUUCUUUUUCCCAUUUCUAUUGAAUACUGUUACUUUUCUUUUUUUGGAAUUUAGCUCUAAUUCUUUAUUCUUUAAAACAUUUUCUAAACAUGUCCAUUGUAUUUUUUAAACCUUUCUAUUUUUCUAAAAUAGUCAUAUCAUCUGCGUUAAUGACUAAAUCCUCUUAUUUUCUAAUUUUAAAAGACCUUUUAUUCCUCUUUCUCCCAUGUAUCCAUCUAUUAUAGGUCCGUUAUAUACAGAUUAAAAUUAAAGUAGACAAUUUAUCACACAUCCCUGAAAACUUUUGUCAAACCUUCCUCUAUUCAUAUUAUCAUCCUCAUCAUGUUCUCGUAAAUUAUUUUUCUAUCACUUGCAUCUCUAUUUCUAUUUCUUUUAAAAUACUUCGUAAUUUUUUGUUAUAUUGUCAAAAGCUGUUUUUAUAUCUUUAGUGUGUUGGUAAUCAGAGCUUCUGGGACAAAAAAAAUUUAAGGAAUACUCUUGAUUGUAUGAGUAAACUCUCGAAUUUAUUAUAUUUGCCAAAUGUUACAGAAUAUGUUCGCGUUCUCUCUACUCACAAUCGCGUAUAUCCGGCUCCUCUUUUUUUCUCUUUACGCUUGAUGACUAUAUCUCUUCGCCUUGACUUUGAAUAUUAUUUUCUGCCGAUUUUUAAAUUGAAGAAGAAACAUUUACUUUUCUAAAUGAACCAAAGAGUUUUAUUCAGAAUAAGUACAGAAUAAUGCUGUGAUAAGCAUCUGAAUAAGAUGCGCGCGAUUUCUCUUUAACUAUAGUUGUAUAUUUUUCUUGGCACUAGUUAGUUCUUGGCACCGCUGCCGCCGAUCGAUAAUCAUAAUCGGACAGCUGACUCGCGGUCGAGAAGUAUACCGAGCGGCCCGCGUAACAAUAUACACAUAUGUAUAUGCGUAACUUUUAUUUCAAAAUUUUUCUCAAUAUUCCAUGAGAAAGAAACAUCUGAUGUUCUUUCGGCAUUGGAUCGAUGUAAUCGGCAGCGACUAUCACAUACACGCCAUAGUGUUCAAUUGCGAGUGUUUCAAUUGCAUGUAGAAAUAUUUUAUAUUAUCUUAUAACUGCACGAUUAGAUUAAAUUAUAGAAAAUGCAUUAUAGCACUUAACUGUUUUUACAAAAAAAGAAAAUGUAAAAGAUAAAGAUAUUUAUAUUUCUUUUAUACAUAAUAGUUAGGAAUAACGGACUUUCGUUUCUUUUAUCUCCCAUUAACCACAUUUAAUGUUAGAAAAAAGAUGACCAGUAUCGUAGACAAAUAUUUUAGUCUUAACCGUACUUUUUUGCUGAUAGUUGGUCUAUGGCCUUAUCAAUAUUCGAAAUUUUCUCGCUUUUAUUUAUUUUGUUGCUACAGUAUUAUUGCAACUACCAUUAUAUUUCAGUUUGCAACCUUUGUGACCUCAAAAUGUACUGCAGAUUAUGUUGCAAAGUUUUGUUCUUUGUCAUUUGGUAUUAUUACUUUAGCCGUUAUAUACAAUUCGUUUUAUGUUAACAGCGACAAAUUAAGGUAUUCAAUAGAACAACUUCAGCUUAUUUAUGAUGACUUAAAGGAUAUUCAGGAAAUUGCCAUCUUUGAAAAAUAUGGAAACAUUUCAAAACGUUAUACGGCUGUGUUUAUAAUAGCUGUCGUUUGCGAUAUACUUAUUUUUGUUAGUAUCCAAUUCUGGCCAGAGUUUAUUAAUAUUAUUUUAACUACAAAUGAGUCUCGAUCACGUCGCCUGCAAAUCUUUACUGAAUACUUCAUUGAUCAAGAAAGAUAUUACUAUAUACAGCAAUUCCAAAUAAAUGCAGCUUUUUGCAUAGGACUCAUUGCAUUUGCAACAACAGGAUCAAUGCACUUUACAUGUCAUCAACAUGCAUGCGGAAUGUUUAAAAUUGCUAGUUAUCGCAUCAAGAAGGCAAUAGAAAUUUACAUUCAAAGUAUUAAUCUCAAAAACAAAAAUUUGGUUUAUAAUGGUCUUAUUUAUGGUGUACUUAUUCAUAGAAAGGCAAUAAUGUUUUCCGAAUAUUUAGUAUCUAACUUUCAGAUGUCAUUUAUGUUUUCAAUAAUAUUUGGAAUAUUCGCUAUAAGUCUUAAUAUUUUCCAAGUUUUUCAGAUCUUAUCAUCUAAACUUAACGCUGAGGAACUUCUAAUACAUUUUAUAAUAUUAUUAACUUUUUUUACAUACAUGUUCUUUUCAAAUUUUAUCGGACAAGAAAUUACAGAUCAUUAUAAUCUUAUAUUUGCCACUGCAUACGAAGUCCGGUGGUACACAACUCCUCUAUGUGUCCAAAAAUUGAUACAGUUUUUGUUAUUAAGAGGUAACAAAUCUUUUGGCUUGAAAGUUGGUAAAAUGUUCGAGGGGUCCUUACAAUGUUUUGCUACGUUAACAAAUGCGUCUUUGUCUUAUUUUAUUGCCAUGAAUUCUAUUAAAAAUUGA